CUUAUCUGAAUUGAGAAGCACAUUAGAGCCACUCAGCCAAUCAGGACACAGCGCUGUAGCAAAGUGCAGGCCCGAAAGAGGAAGAGCAGAGAACUUUUGUUUUCCUCAGAGUUUAAUGAAGUUGGCCUGGUCACUCGAGCAAGGAUUAAAGGAGAAUUUGGUGUCACUGAGCUGUGACUGCUGAAGAGGGCACUCAAGUGUUCGGGUCACUGAGUGAGCACGAUGGUCUCAGUCCAGAGCUGCAUCAGGAGGAAUAUGGCUGGCUCUCCUCCUGCUUUGCCAGGCUUUGGGAACUCGGGGAAGAGUUUUCUUAUUGACAAUCUACUGCAGUCUCACACACCUUCAGCCUGUCAGGAAGGUACAGCAGGUGGACACCUGAGACUAGGAGCGUGUGAACAUCCAAGGAGAAGCUGGGGCUCUGAGCACGAAGCCUACCAAAGCCAGGCCCUCAGUCCUCAACAGGUCAAAGAUCUAAGCGGACCAUAUCUGCCAGCCUCAGGUGUACUGAGCAGUGUUUUCCUGCGGAGCCCGCAGUAUCUGCUGGCAUGCUGCGGUGGGUCCAGGCCCCCUCCUGUCUUCUCCAAGGGAGCAAACGUUCGAAUGUGGUCUGGUGAUAUGAGUCACAAAUCACGCAGGGGGAUCUUAAGGAGAGCUGUGUUCUCAGAGGAACAACGGAAAGAGCUGGAGAAAACUUUUCGGAGGCAAAAAUACAUCAGCAAGACAGACCGCAACAAACUAGCAGCUAAUCUCAGUCUAAAGGAGUCACAGGUCAAAAUCUGGUUCCAGAACCGUCGAAUGAAGUGGAGGAACUGUAAAGAGAAGGAGGUUCAUAACACUCGCUCCCCGAUGGAUGAGCUCAUGGCUCAAGGUCUUGCUCAGGAAGAGGAAGAACCAUCACAGAAUCACAAUGAUGCAAAACCAGAGAGAUCACUGACACAGAAGAGUGCCAGGGACACAUGAGAGGCUAUUAUGACUUUAAAAUCAAGUAAUGACUUUUUAAGAUAUCAACAAAAACCUGUAAAAGGCUACAGUAUUGUUAUGGUGUUAAAAUGAGUGCAUGAAAUAGACUCUGUGAAGACUAACAAUUGUAAUAUGAACUUUUCAAUGCAUUUUUUCAUUUUGCUGCAUCAUAGAUGUAACCAGGUUCAGCUCCUGGGUUAAUGAUCUCAGUACGUUCCGCUGCUUCAGUAGGCAAUUCAUUGGAUAUUAAUCUGACGAGUCUUUCCUGGAAAAAUUCAUAUUCUUAGAACGUAACAGCAAUCAGUUCCAGGAAAGAAUGAGUCACUUCAUGUAAUAUAUUUUCUAUUUCACGCUUUGGUCAGCUUUACACUGAUGCUCUGCUUAUUAUUGGAAAUAUAUUUUGGACUCCCAU